AUGGCUCUGCACCAGGGAAAUCACUUGGAAUGUACCUGUAAGUGUGGAGGCCUUCUGUCAGGAGGACUGUUAAAUAUAAAGACAUCCCAACCUGAGGUGGAGACGGGGAUAGCAAAAGGCAAGCACAGCCGGGGCCAUGAACAGUUCCCCACGCAGGGAAAUACUCUGCCCGCAGUGAACCUGACAGAUGACCAGAUAGCCACCGGCCUCUACGUAUGUUCAAAUAAUGAAAACACACUGAAGUCCAUCAUGAAGAAAAGCGAUGGGAAUAAAGAUUCGAAUGGCGCCAAAAAGAAUCUUCAGUUCAUUGGCAUUAAUGGUGG